AUGAUCUCUCCACAGCAGUCGAUACCUCCAACGCACGUCAGUCUCGCUCAGCCUCCGCUGCUCCAGGUCACCACGCCGGCUUAUCAGGGUCAUCCAAAGGCAAGAUCAUUUAGGACACACCCAUUGCAUUAUCCCAACCUUUGUGCAUCUUUGUUUGAUGGAAGUAGUGCCAGCAGUAGCAUUAAUUGGAUCUCUACGCAAACUGCAUCCGCAGAUACAUCAUCUUCUUCUAGUCGUGUCCAAAGACUUUUGAUUGAUGGCAACCCUUUUAAUGGCCGAGAAGAUGAUGAUGAGGAUGACACUUCGAAUGACACUAGUGCUCGAGCUCCUAGUGAUAAAGCUCGUGGUCGUUCUACUUAUAUGCUCGAUAAAAGGGCUAAAACCACUGAUGCUUCUACUUAUAGGCCCGAUAAAAGGGCUAAAACCACUGAUGCUUCUACUAAUAGGCCGGAUAAAAGCAGCUAA